AUGUCAACUUCGUUCCCAGGACUGGUCCACGAUUCAGAGAUACGUCAUGAUGGAUCAAACAGUUAUCGUUUGAUGCAACUUGGGUGUCUAGAAUCUGUGGCCAACUCAACUGUCGCCUACUCCUCCACAUCUCCUCUGGCUUAUUCAACUACUGGUACUGAAUUUGCUUCUCCUUAUUUUAGUGCAAAUCACCAGUACACCCCAUUACACCACCAGUCUUUCCACUAUGAGUUUCAGCACAGUCACCCAGCUGUGAAUCCAGAUGCCUACUCCCUGAACUCACUCCAUCAUUCCCAACAAUAUUACCAACAGAUCCAUCAUGGAGAACCAAGCGAUUUUAUUAACCUGCACAAUGCCAGGGCACUCAAAUCUUCAUGUCUGGAUGACCAGAGGAGGGAAUUCGGAUGCCUAGAUGCCUAUAGGCGCCAUGACCUAUCCCUUAUGAGCCAUGGAUCACAAUAUGGCAUGCACCCAGAUCAAAGACUCCUACCUGGAUCAAGUUUAGGUCUAGCAGCCUCUGGAGGUGAUGAAUUUCAGGGAUCAGUGGAGGCCCAGUGUGGAUUAGUACUGAACAGUCAAGGUGGUGUUAUAAGAAGAGGUGGUACAUGCGUGGUGAAUCCCACCGACCUGUUCUGCUCUGUUCCUGGCCGUCUGUCUCUCCUAAGCUCCACUUCCAAAUACAAGGUGACCAUAGCAGAAGUCAAAAGACGUCUCUCUCCUCCUGAAUGCCUGAACGCCUCGCUGCUGGGAGGGAUAUUGAGGAGGGCAAAAUCCAAAAAUGGGGGCCGCUGUUUGCGAGAGAAGCUGGACAGGCUUGGUUUAAAUUUACCUGCCGGGAGGAGAAAAGCUGCCAACGUCACACUUUUGACAUCUCUGGUAGAAGGAGAAGCAUUGCAUUUGGCGAGAGAUUUUGGCUACACCUGCGAAACAGAAUUUCCCGCGAAGGCAGUGGGAGAGCACUUAGCCAGACAUCACAUGGAACAAAAAGAACAGACAGCGAGGAAAAAGAUGAUCCUUGCAACUAAGCAAAUUUGUAAAGAAUUCCAGGACCUGCUUAGCCAAGAUCGCUCGCCUUUGGGAUCCUCUAGACCCACUCCAAUUUUAGACCUCGACAUUCAGAGACAUUUAACACAUUUUAGUUUGAUCACCCAUGGCUUUGGAACACCAGCAAUAUGCGCGGCUUUGAGUACGUUCCAAACGGUUCUCAGUGAGAUGCUCAACUAUUUGGAAAAACACACCGCGAAUAAAUCCGGGGCAGGAUCAGAAGGCAACCAGGGAAAUUCAGAAAAGGGUCCCCUUCGGAAAACGUCAGAUGUUGUCGUGAAAGAUGCCAAAACAGAAAAGACAGAUUAACUCCUUCAUGCUUACCAGAGAUAUUUGCUGCCGAUAUAUAUUUUUUUUUUUAUAGAUCAUUAAGUUAUUUUUUACAAAGGACCAAAUCUUACACCUUUGUACAACAAUGGAAAUUAUGUGAAGAUAUUUUUCAUGUUUCCCCCCCCCCCAAAAUAACUGAAUAUUGGUUAUUAAUUGUAAUGCACAACGGAUUGUACUUUUUUUUUUUAAUUAUAUAUAUAUAAAUAUAUAUACAACUUUAAAAACCUCUUACUGAGAAAAUAAUUACAUUUUAAACGGAAUAAAAUCACUAAGCGGACAUUUUCUUUUUUUAAUAUUUUUUUUUUGUACUGGAAAAUGUAUAAAAUGUUAUUAAAAAAGCACCAUAUUGAAAAUACUUAUAGAAAAUAAAAUUUUAUGAUUGAUUUAUGUUGUAUUAGGAAAAUAAAUACUUGGUUUCCUUGUAAUCAGGUAUUCGCAUGUAAAAUACCACUGCUGCAUCGUACAAAAUGUUUUUUUUUGUUUGUAAGAUUGUGCUUUGUUUGGUAUGCUUUUUUUUUUUUUUUUUUUUUUUAUUACUUGGUGAAAUAUGAUUGACACGGGAAAUCAGGUUAAUUUUUGUCCAUAUAAAUAACUCACUUUUUGUACAAUUUUUUGCAGCAGCGAGUUUUUU